AUGGCAUACAAUCCGCGCAUGUCCAUUAUCCCGCCGUCGCAGCAGCAGUCGCGCGGCAAGACUAACAAGCGGGAAAAGGAAGAGCAAGACCUGAUGAUCCUACGCGACGCCGAGAUUGUGGGCUGCAUCCGCGAUCUUGGCUUCACCAAGUUUGACUUUUCCGACCUCGAGAAGCCCAACCCGCUACAGGUGCAAAUGAUAUUCGAGCUGUUUGCCGAAAAGACGAUGAACGUGACGCGCGAGACGGUCGACCCGGCGAUGCGCGCCGCCGCCGAGGAGGUUUGCGGUAGCGCCGAAUUUGGCGAGGCGCUCAUGCCCAGCGACACGCGCAAUCUGAUGGGCUUCUACGCGGCCUUCCGCCAGCUGCUGGUCGCCUGCGGCGUGCCCGACUUUAGCUUCUCCGACAUGUACAAGCCCACCCACAAGCGCUUGGUGCACCUGCUCUCGUACCUCAUCAACUUUGUGCGCUUCAGGCAAGGCCACGCCGAGCUGUUCGUUGAGCACUUUGACCGCGUCCAGGAGACCAAGAACAGGAUCGACAUCCUGUACUCUGAGAACCAGGAGAUGGACGCCAGGCUGGACGACAUGAGGCGCAAUCGGAGGGCUAUGGAGAGCUUGGCACAGGAAAAGACGCGGCGGAAUGAGGAUCUCAAGCGCCGUCUGCUGGAGCUGCGUCGGAACCAGGAGCGCGUCGCCGCUCGCCUGGAGGAGGCCAAGGCGCGAAAGACGGAGCUGGCGCAGCAGCUCGAGCAGAGAACAGCCGAGAAGUUGGGCCUCAAGCAGGAGAGCUCCAAACUCCGACCCUACACACUGCAGAGCCCCUCGGCCCUGCAGGCCAGCUUGGCUGAUCUGUCAAACACGCUCAACGGCGAGCGGGCGCACAUUGACUCGCUGGACCGACGGGCACGCGCGCUGCAGACCUCUGCGGAUUCCUUCACCGUCGUUUGCGCCGACGUGGCAUCAUGCAUCAAGCUGCUCGACGAGAUCGCAACCGAGCUGGCCAAGGAGGACGAGGAAAGCGCAAAGAAAUCCAGGCAGCGCGACGCUCUGGCCGAGCGGGGUGCUGAUGUCAAGGAAGUCGAGCGUGCCGAGUCGUUGCUCCAGCGGCAGUUGGCAAAAUGGAACGAGAGGACGGAGCGGUUGCGCGAGCAGAGUUCGCAACGGGCCCAGGAGGCAAAGGAGAAAAUGGAGGAGCUCAAGGCCAUACAUAAGAAGCUCAAUGAGGAGCGGACAGAGAAGGGCCGAGAUAUUGAGACGAGGAGGGUGCGAAUCGAGCAAACCGAGAAGAAGAUGCUUGAUUUGAAAGAACAAAUCGAGCAAGAGGUUCACAAUGCCCAUGAUGAGUACCUCAAGAUGGAGGCACACAUCAAGCUUUACAUGACGGAAAUGGAGCAGUCAUUAUGAGAAACAGAACGGUGUUGGGAGAUAUUGCGACUGUGUUUCUUGCUAUUCAUGCUUACAUUGGGCACCUCGAUGAAGUCACGGGGUCAGGUAUACCAGGAGUUUGGAGUUGGGCUAGACAUGCUUGGAUGGAAUUUAUGUAUGAUGAAUAAAUGUAAUGACCCUUUUGCGAGAAGCUCAUCACGCUCGUAGUUCCGUACACGUCAUAUCUUUGGUGUUAUUUUCCAACAGGUAUGUCUGAUUGAAGCGAAUCUUGCCGUUGAAAAUGAAACCAUCUACCGAGUACCCUCUCGGCCGACACUGUUCUUCCUGUCCAAUGUCCAACCUCACCAUCUUGGCCAAGCCGCCGCGCGGCCACGCUCAAGACGGGAAUGUCCUCCGUCGCAAGGCGUUCAAAGCUGUCGACUUUAGCGUUAGAUGCUACAGAAGUUUGUGCUUCCACGAUGACAGCAGCGAGCUUGUUCCUAUAUGCUGCCUCAACCAAACCCGCAGCCGUGAAGCCGAUUCCCUGAGCACUCCACUCGCUGGUGUCGCGAUGUAGAGCCAAAAAGUCAUAGACGAGCAGUCGCGGUGGCUCACACACGGCAGGCAUCUCCAGGUCCGUUCGCGUCGGCGCUGGUGGUGGGCGGACUUUGGAUGCCGGAUCCAGGGGCGAGAACACUGCCAGGAAAGCUCGCAGAUGCGAGACGGUAGGCACAAAUACCACGCGGAUGUGCCGUGAGAUGGCAACUUGGAACAGUGGCGCUGCGAGGAGCUGGGCCUUUCGUUGAUCGUCCUCGGCAAUGGAUGCCUUUGGGUUCUCCUCCAGAGGCCCUGUUCCUUUCCCUUUCCCCUUGAAGCCAUCUCCGUGCUUGCCAUGACGCUCCUCCGUGUGCGGCGCCGUCUCAGGGGGCUCUGAUGUUUGGCCAUGCCCGCUCACCAUGAGGUCGUCGAUGAGUGCGGCCAUGAAAUCACUCCGGGAGCUGCAGAUCACCAAUGUAGUCGGAUAUACACAUUGCGAGAUGACUGAUAACAGAAGCUCUGAUGGGUGGGUUGGCGGGAAGAGCCGUGGAGGUGGUGAUGUUGUCAUUCUGGUACUCGCUUGUUGUAGCAGCGAUGCCUGUCUCCUGCUAUGAAGACCUACUACGGCUGUUCAUCCCCCAUCUUGGUUUUCUGGGGAUAACUUUCCAUAAAGCCGGUAUUUCUGAGAUUGAAAAAUUAAUCUUUUCGUGAUUUAUUCCAAAGACGUAUCUUUUCAUUUUUUUUUAUCUUUUAUUUUUUGUUACUAUUCUCUUGCUGAGUGUGCGGAAGCCAAAA